AUGAGCAGCGCAGAUGGCCAGCAAGAUCAUCUCAACGGUCACUCCGGCUUCAUUCUCGCCGUCUUCUGCGUCGUGUCGGCGCUGGUGAUAUGGCCGCUCAAGAUCCCACUCCCAGGAUCCUUGCAGAAUCUCCUACUGUCGGCACUAUUGAAGACCAGAACCAUCGGUCGCCAUGAGUUCACUGCGCUGUCGAACCGAUGUCUCCAUUUCCACCUGUCACUUACGACAGCGCCGGUGAUAGCGGUGAUCCUGCUGCUGGCAACCACGACGAUCCACGGCUCGACCAUCCGCCUCGGCAUCGUCGGCGACGAGAACGUCAAGCCCUACGACGUGCUCGUUCUCUUCAUCUCACUCGCCUACAUCUCGAUCGCCCUCGACGGGACCGGCGCCCUUGAAGCCACGGCGUUCUACGUUUCAAAGCGAGGCGGCAGUUCCGGACGACUGCUCUUCACCUAUCUGUAUGCCUUCUUCCUGCUGACCGCAUGUAUCGUGGGCAACGAUCCGCUCAUCCUCUCCGGCACGCCCUUCCUCGCCUACCUCAGCCAGCACACGGGCCUAGAUCCCACAGCGUGGAUCUUUGCCGAAUUCAUGGCCGCGAACACGGCCUCGGCCGUCCUCGUGAGCAGUAACCCGACAAACAUCCUCAUCACGGGCAGUUUCGGGCUCAAUUACCUGACGGGCUUCACGAAAUGGACGGUCCUUCCCUCGCUCGUCCCCGCGGCGCUUAACUACCCCAUCUUGCUGGGCAUGUUCUGGAAGAAGAUCCCCCGGACGCUCACGCCGCUCACGGACGACCCGUGGAGCAAGCUCCGCGACAGGACUGGCGCAUUCUUCCUCAGUGCGCUGAUGCUCAUCACCGUCGCUGUGCUUGUGGGGACGAGCUUCGUGCCGGGCCAUGCAGUCGAGGUGUGGAUGGUGACUGCACCCGCCGGGGUGAUUGCAUUUCUGUACAACGUGGUGACCGACUGGAUUUAUCCAGAGACCGGCCGGAAGAUUGAAAUUGACCGACAAAGGUCGCGUGAGUCCGCAGCUGAAGGAGCAACGGACUUAGAAGUGGAAACGGAAAGGACAAUGGAAAUGGGUACAAUAGACUGCACGGCUCCAAGGCCUACACGGGCACUAGCCUCGAGCACAAACCAGCCACCUGAUCCUGAGAAAGGAAGCCUAUCCACCCCAGAGUCCAACACGUCGCAUUCUCGAUCACCAACUCUGCCGGCAAGGGACGACGUAAACGCAGAGACGAAGCGCCAAAACGAGGUGAACCCCUCUCCUUCGCGACAGCACUCAACAUCACCCUCACCCUUACCACAAAUCCCCUCAAAAGACGAAUCCCCCAACACGGCCGCCAUGGCAUCUACACGUCCAACACCGAGUUCAGCCUCCCCAGCAACACUAACCUCCCUCAUCUUCGCCCUAGCCGCCCGCUUCCCCCGAACAACGCACACCCUCCGCCUCCUCCCAAUCCCUCUCCUCCCCUUCGCCAUGUGCGAAUUCAUCCUCGUCCGUGGUCUUGCGCAACGCGGCUGGAUCCGCGUCUUCGCCACGGGCUUCUCCCAAGCGUGCACCUCCCCAGCGGCGACGGUGUUUUUCUUCAGCUUCGUCUCCGCGGCCUUCCUGUGUCCGCUGGCGGGGACGAACAUCGGCGCAACCAUCAUCCUCGUCGAGAUCAUGCGCCACGAGCGAUUCAUGGGCAGCGCGCACGUGCGGGACGACCCCCGAAUCAUGGCCGCGGCAGUCUACGCCGUGGCCAUGGGCAGUAAUAUCGGGGCCUUUGCGUAUACGUUCGCGGGGAGCCUGGCGGGCCUGUUGUGGCGGGAGUUGCUGGCCGAGAAGGGCGUGGUGGUCGGGCAGGGCCGGUUUGCCAAGGUCAAUGCCCUGCCGCUUCUGAUGCAGAUCGUCGUGAGUGCGGCGGUCGUGUUGGGCGAGGUGUAUUGGUGGGUGUCGUGA